GUGACAUGUGGUUUGUUGUUGUUUACAUUUCGGAAGUGCUCGCUGUAUUGUUGUGAACCGUAGUGCGCGUGUUUCAGCAUGUCUAACUUUUUGCCACCUACGUGGCAAGAAAUGCUUGAUCUUCUAACGUUGACAGCUAAAUGUGACGGCUUUUUUGAAAGAGUCACCAAUUUACCGGCGAGAAAUAAUGCUGUAAAAACUUGUCUGAGCCACUCAUUUUACAGAAUGAAACUGUUGGAGUGGAUCACAUUUGUAAAAAGUAAGAGAUGCCUGCAGAAAUCACCAACUCCGUCAUCAAAACUGAGGGCUGAAGGGAAUGAAAAAUUCAAAUACAAAGACUAUGCGUCUAGUGUUGAAUUGUUUACAGAGAGCAUGGCACAUGCAUUGUAUAACAGCAAGGAAAUGGCUCUGGCUGUUGCAAAUAGGUCUGCUGCCUUGUUUUAUUUGGGAGCGUAUGAGGAAUGCCUUAAGGACAUUGAAUUAGCAUUAGAUAAUAACUAUCCAGAGUCUUUGAAAUAUAAACUCUAUACCAGGAAGGCCGAAUGUAUGGAAAAACUGAACAGAUACAAAGAAGCCAUUGAUGCCUAUAACUGUGCACUGCAGCUGUUGAAGAAUGCUAACAUAGGUGAUGCAGAAGAAAAAGAAUUGCAAAUUAUAAUGAAUAAAUCAACAAUACAGAUGAAACUUAAGGACUCACUGUCUGAGAGCAAUGUUACUAAGGACUGCAGUGAUUUAGGAACAAGUGGUGAAAGAGAAAUGAAGUUAGUGGACAAAAUUCCAGUAGUUUCUCAUGGUGAAAGUGAAAAUUUUGCUUAUGCAUCAGCAGCCUUAUCCCUUAGGUAUAAUACAUCAAAAGGAAGACACGUUGUAGCUAAACAGGAUCUAAGAGCUGGAGAUAUAAUCUUCGUGGAGAAACCAUAUGCAUUUGUACUGCUCCCCGAUUACUGCAGACAGUAUUGUCAUCACUGUUGUAAGCAAUGUGCAACACCCAUCCCGUGUACGGGUUGUACUAAAACUUUCUACUGUGGACAGUGCUGUCGUGAUUCAUCUUGGCGAGAGUACCACAGAUAUGAAUGCUCUGGUGGCCUAGAAUUAUUGCACUCUGUUGGCAUAGCCCAUUUAGCAUUGCGUGUUGUGCUUAAGGCAGAUCCUCUGUGUUCUGAAAACAGCAAAUUUAUAAAACAUCCACCAGACAAAUCAGACUGUGUUGAAUCAUUCGGAAAUAAAAAUAAUAAUUAUCCUGCUGUGUACAGCCUGCUACCUCAUAUUGAGAACAUGGAAAAUGAUGACUUCUUUCAGUAUGCUCUGACUGCUACAUUGUUGCUUAUAUAUCUGAAGGAGAGCACAGAAUACUUUGAUAACAGGCAGCUUACUAAUCAAAUUGAAUCAUUGCAUAUCUCUGAUAAAUCUGAGCUAAGCAUUGAUUUUAUUGGGAGACUGAUACUGAGACAUAUUGCACAGUUGAUUUGCAAUGCUCAUGCUAUUACCAAAAUUGAGAGUGUGCCUGCUGUUCAUAAUGUUACAGAGGAAGCUCAAGUUCGUAUUGCUACAGCAAUAUAUCCAUCUGCCAGUAUGAUGAAUCAUUCAUGUAAUCCAAACAUUAUUAGUAGCUUUUAUGGUGAAUAUGUUGUUGUGCGCGCCAGCAGAGAAAUUGCAGCUGGUUCAGAAGUAUUUAACUGCUACGGACCACAUUUCAGACGAAUGCCACUGAAGGAACGACAAGAAAUCUUAAAGUCACAGUACUUUUUUAGAUGUUCUUGUGAUUGCUGCACAGAUUCAGCUAUGAUUGAAAAAGAAAAACAUUUUUCAGCAUGGAUGUGCCCGCAGUGUAGUGGACCUCUAAUAUCGAACAAUGAAUUGGAGAGUGAGAACAAAAUCCGUAUAUUAAAGUGUUGUUGCUGUAGAUUUAAAGAGAGAGCUGACAAAACUGAACAUUAUGUAGAUCAAGCCAACAAUUGUUAUGAGAAAGGAGUUGAUGCAGCUGACAGUGGUGAUAUAGAACAAGCUCUGCAGAUGCUCAAGCAGUGUUUGUCCCUGAGAGAGAAAUAUCUGUACAGUAAAAAUGCUGACAUCUCUAAAUGCUUAAACCAGCUGGCAAGGUGCUGUGCAGUGAAAGGAGAUUUUGAACAAAGUGUUCAGCUCCUCAAGAGGAGCAUAACAAUGGUUGAAGAACAGUUUGGUGAAACAAGUAUCGAACUUGCAAAUGAACUGCAGAAACUGUCCGAUGUGAUGCUGUGUUGUUUGAAAGGAAGUAGUCUACAGCGAUCUGAAUUUUUGAAAAAGUGGAAGGAAGCAGAAAGCAUUGUUAAGAAGGCAAAGGCCAUCCUGGAAAUUACAUGUGGCAGAUGGACAAAUGUGAUGCAAGAUAUACUGGAUAAAGAAGAGUACUUAAAUAGCCUGAAACCAACAGCGGAACAAUCUUGAAUUUCCUGAACAUUAUAAAUAUGUAAAGAACGGAACAUUAAAACUUACAGAAUCUUA